AUGAAUUCACAACAAAAUUCACUGCUGUAUGAGAGCAUACAAAUAUGUUGUUUAUGUCUCAUUUGGUACAGUUCAUCAGCGGCAGGCAAUGUGAUUGUAAAAGAACUACUCGAUGAAUUUCCCUUUCCGCUGACUGUUACACUUGUGCAACUUUUGAGUAUCUGGAUUCUUUGUAUUCCACUUAUUCGAAUACGACAAGUUCCUCCACCUGAAUACUUAUAUCAAAAUCGUUCUUACUACUUCAAAAUCAUCAUCCCAUUGGCUAUAGGAAAAUUUCUCUCACAACUAUCUUCUCAUGUUAGUCUUUGGAAAGUACCUGUCUCCUUUGCUCAUACAAUCAAAGCUACAAUGCCGUUAUUUACUGUAAUUCUAUCUCGAAUCAUUCUUCGUGAGAAACAAACAAUACCUGUAUAUCUUUCACUAAUACCGGUCAUUGUCGGUGUUAUCAUCGCUACAGUCACCGAGCUUUCGUUUGAUAUGACUGGUUUUAUUAGUGCUCUUAUCUCAACAUUUGGUUUUUCAUUACAAAAUAUUUAUUCAAAAAAAUCAUUAAAAGAUAUUGCAAUUCAUCACUUUUUUCUGUUAUGUUUAUUGGCAAAAAUUGGUUGCUGUUUGUUUGUUCCCUUUUGGUUUUUAUACGAUGGAUUGAAUAUUUAUUAUGAUACCAAAUACCAUCGAACAAAAACUUUCUUAAGAAUCUGUGCAUACCUCUUCAUCGAUGGCAUUCUUCAUUUUAUACAUAAUGUUGUUGCAUUCACAAUCUUGUCACUUUUAUCUCCAUUAUCGUACAGUAUUGGCAAUAGUGCGAAGCGUAUCGUGAUCAUUGCUACAUCUUUGUUCAUAUUGCGAAAUCCAGUAACAACUAGCAAUGUCGUUGGAAUGAGUUUGGCAGCAUUUGGUGUGAUAUUAUAUAAUAAAGCAAAAUACGAUCAACGCCGGGCUCAACAAAAAGAAACAAUUUUACCAUUAGUUCGCUCCGAAUCAACUGUCAAUGCAUUGACUCAUGAAGAACAUCAAGUGACACAUUCCAAUGGCGAAGUAACAUCACGUCAUCAUUCAUCAUCGUUCGAAUCUCUUUUUAUUAAUUUUUACAUAAAGCAAACUAGGAAGAUAGAAGGCUUAUGUAGCCUAAUAAGAAGAAAAAAAUCAACAUCAGAGAAAGAAAUCAACAAAGCAGCAAAAAAAAAAGAGCGAAAAAAAUUCUUGUGGAAUUGA